CGUCAGUAAACGAGGAAGUGCCCAGCCUGUAGCUCGCGGGGGGGAGCCUGCCAUACGCGACCUCUUCUUUGGAGGAUAAACACAAGAAAGAUCUCCCCAUGGAGGGGGCGACCAGCAGCGAUGCUGCAGGUCAGCCCUUUGUGGCCGAUCAGGUUCCUUUCCUUCACCUCUGUACCACCUUAGAGAAGAUCCAGAAGUCUAAACUCCGACCCGAUAAAUCCAAGAUCCUCGGGGAUUUCAUCGAGUCGUGGAGGAAGUUCCACUCUGCCCUGCACCAAGACGACCCCGACACACCCGACUCCUUCUACCCUUCCAUGCGCCUCAUCGUCCCCUCCUGCGAACGCGAGCGAAUGGCGUACGGCAUCAAAGAGAGCAUGUUGGCGAAGCUCUACAUCGACGUGCUGGGCCUCCCGAGGAACGGAUCGGAAGCGAACAAGCUGUUGAACUACCGCGCUCCGACCGCAUCGCAAGGAGACGCCGGAGACUUCGCCGGCAUGGCGUACUACGUGCUGAAAAAACGGUGCCACGCCCAAGGAACCCUCAGCAUACGAGAAGUCAACGACUUCCUGGACUCGGUGGCCGUCGACAACGCGGGCAAGAAGAAGGACCUCGUGAAGAAGAGCCUGCUGCACCUCAUCACCCGGAGCUCGGCGCUCGAGCAGAAGUGGCUGAUUCGGAUGAUCCUGAAGGACAUGAAGCUCGGCGUCAGCAAAGAGACGGUCCUCCGGGCGUUCCACCCGGACGCGGCCGAGCUCUACAACGUCAACACGGACCUGGGCAAGGUGUGCCGGCAGCUCCACAGCCCCGCCGUGUCCUUGAGCGACGUCUCCGUCGAGCUCUUCUCCGCCUUCAAGCCGAUGCUGGCGGGCGUGGCCAACAUCCGCAACGUGGAGAAGCAGAUGGGCAACGGCGUCUUCUACAUCCAGACCAAGCUGGACGGUGAGCGCAUGCAGCUGCACAAAGACGGCGACGUGUACAAGUACUUCACCCGCAACGCCUUUGACUACACGCAGCAGUUCGGGGCGUCGCCGCUGCGGGGCUCCCUGACGCCGUACGUCCACGGCGCCUUCAAAGUGGUGAGCUGCAUCCUCGACGGGGAGAUGAUGGCGUACGACGCGACCACGGAGGCCUUCGUGCAGAAAGGGAGCAAGUUCGACAUCAAGAGGCUCGCCGACGACUCCGAGCUGCAGACGUGCUUCUGCGUGUUCGACGUGCUGCUGGUCAACGGCCAGAAGCUCGGCCGGGAGCCGCUGAAGAAGCGCCUCGAGACCCUCGGCACUGUCUUCACGCCGGUCAAGGGGCGGAUGCACCUGGUGCCGAAAGUCGACGCCCGGACGGUGCAGGAGGUGGUGGACGCCCUGAACGACGCCAUCGACGGCCGAGAGGAGGGCAUCAUGGUGAAGGACCCCGUGUCCGUCUACAAGCCGGACAAGCGGGGGGAGGGGUGGCUGAAGAUAAAGCCCGAGUACGUGGACGGCUUGAUGGACGAGCUGGACGUGCUGAUCGUCGGCGGCUACUGGGGCAAAGGGAAGCGCGGCGGCAUGAUGUCGCACUUCUUGUGCGCCGUCGCCGAGGCUCCGAAGCCCGGCGAGAAGCCGUCCGUCUUCCACACGCUCUGCCGCAUCGGCUCCGGCUACACCAUGAAGGAGCUGUACGACCUCGGCCUGAAGCUGGCCCAGCACUGGAAGGUCUACCGGAAGAGCGACCCGCCGGCCUCCAUCCUGUGCGCGACGGAGAAGCCGGAGGUCUUCAUCGAGCCCCGCGACUCGGUCAUCGUCCAGGUCCGGGCGGCGGAAAUCGUCGGCAGCGACAUGUACAGGACCAACUGCACGCUGCGCUUCCCCCGCAUCGAGAAGAUCCGCGAGGACAAGGAGUGGCACCAGUGCAUGACUCUGGCGGAGCUGGAUCGGCUGCGCGGCAGGGCGUCCGGGAAGCUCGCCUCGCGGCACCUCCGCCUCGACGGCGACGAGCCGCAGAAGAAGAAGCGCAAGGCGCCGGCGAGACCCAGGAAGGUCGUUGGCGUCAUCGAGCACUCCAAGCCCCAGGACCUCUCCGGGGUCGCCAAGGAGACGGAUAUGUUCGAGGACGUGGAGUUCUGCAUCCUGAACGGCACGGCGGAGCGGCCCAAGGCGGAGCUGGAAAAGGGCGUGGCCAGGUGCGGCGGCGUCUUGGUCCAGAACCCGGGGCCGGACACCUACUGCGUGAUCGCCGGCGCGGAGAACAUGCGCGUGAAGAACCUGGUGGCGUCCGACCGGCACGACGUGGUGCGGGCCUCCUGGCUGCUGGACUGCCUGGACCGGAAGGAGGUGUUGCCGUGGCAACCGCGCCACAUGAUCCACAUGUCGCCCUCCACCCGGGAGCGCUUCGCCGAGGAGUACGACGGCUUCGGCGACAGCUACUUCGCGGACACGGACGAGCGGCGGCUGCGGGAGGUGUUCGGGCGGAUGAGCGGCGCCGACGCGUCCGCGGCGAACGCCGGCCAGCUGGAGCAGAAGUACGGCUGGGAGGACGUCCCCACCAGCAUGUUCAGACCCUUCCGGGUCUACAUGGACGGCUACGCCGACAUCGGAGACCCCGGAACCGCCAUCGCCGCCACCGGUCUGGACAUCCGGGCCCUGGAGUUCCGUUACCACGGAGGUACGGUGGCGCCGGCGCCGGAGGAGGGAGUCUCUCACGUCGUCGUCUCGGAGGAGGCCAGGCUGCUCCGCUUCCGGACUCUGAGGCGCAGCUUCAGGGAGAAAUUUAAGAUCGUCCGCGACUCAUGGGUGACUGAUUCAAUCGGCGCGGGCCACCUGAUGAACGACACCGACUACCUGGUGUGAGGAGAACUCGGCGCUCGGGUUUUUAAUUAAUUUACUAUCGGCAGGUUGACAAAUAAAUCACGGUUUUCAAAGCGAGCGAGCGGCACUCCUCAGGGGGUCCGUGCUCGUUUUUAUUGUAGUGUUCUCAAUGAGCGAUCGCUUGUUCGUUUUAAUGAAUACGCCACUGUAAAGGUCAGCAGGCGGAGAUUUGUAUUUUUAAGUUUUAAAAGAUGGGGUUGAAUUGCGAAUUAUAUAUAUUUUUAAACCCCACCACCUUUACGCUUUUAGCCGAGCGGUUGCGAACACAUUUUAAGGGAACCAGGUUUUCCACGUUCGUCUUUAACCGCGGCCUCGAACACGCCGCUCUCUUUUUGUCUUUCUGUGCUUUUUUCUUUUUAUUUCUGUCCAAUCGUGAAGCACAACUCUAAUAAAUAACUUUAAGUACA